UUUACAACACUCCUUUCUCAUUUAGAUGGUGUUCUUGGUAGAAUUUUACCUGAAGUAUUUGGUGACAAUUGUCUUCGUACAUGGGUUUCCGGGUCUUGGUGGCUAAAGUGAAAGACUUCGUUAUGGCGGAGAAGGAGCCCAAGAAAGCUGAAUCCGAGGGAGCCUCUCUGCCUACACAAGCUCAAGAACAUGGACCUCUUAAAGAAGAGAAAGAAGUCCCUUUGAAUAAUUCUGCUAAUGAGAAGAGCUCGGUCCUAGUUACUGAAAAGGUUGCAGAUCCACCUGCUACUGCGAAAAACUCAAGGGGGUCAAAUGACAGAGAUGCUGUGCUUGCGAGGGUUGAAGCGGAGAAAAGAUGUGCUCUAAUUAGAGCAUGGGAAGAAAAUGAGAAAGCCAAAGCGGAGAACAAGGCUCACAAGGAACUCUCUGCCAUUGGAUCAUGGGAGACAAUCAAGAGAGAAUCUGUGGAGGAAAAAAUAAAGAAGUAUGAGGAAAAAGUGGAAAAGAAGAAGGCUGAAUAUGCAGAGAAAAUGAAGAACAAAGUAGCCGAACUCCACAAGGCAGCCGAGGAGAAGAAAGCAAUGAUUGAAGCAAAAAAAGGUGAGGACCGUCUCAAGGUAGAGGAAACUGCAGCGAAAUUCCGAGCAACUGGGUACACACCAAGGAAUUGUCUUGGAUUCUUAAGUAUCUAAGAUGUUUUGGCAAAUUCUAAUGAACAACAGUGGGGUAAACGGGAGAGAAAAGGCUGCAAGAAUUGGAUUUGCUUGAUUUUUGGCUUGUUAGUUUAUGCUGUGCUCAGAUAUAGUUGGCUCAGCUGUAAAUGUCUUUUGAUAUUUGUAAAAAACAGUAAAUCGGAGUGCAUGCGUUACAUUACCCAAGUUCUGACAAGACCCGAGUUUGAAUUUGAUAUUUUCUUUGGUGUGAGCU